GAUUGGCCAAUACAAGGACUGCUUGUUCCGAGCAGUCCUCCCAUGAAGAAACCCAUCUGUAAGACAACAGAGCCAUAUGCCCCUGUGCGACUCAGAGUUUUGCAGAAUGGAGAGAAGAAUAAAAACAGAUCCGUUACUAUCCUUGGUCCAGAUAUCUCACCUGGACGGAAAACGCAAAGUGUUCACACUGAAAAGAAAGAGAAAAUCUGUGUCACUAAAUAUUCUGAAACAGAAAUGGACCAGGUAGAAUUUCACCAAUUUUUGGAAAGGUGCACUGAGAUUUUAAAUUUACCUUCUGCAGCUCGGAGAUUGUACAAUGAAAAGGGGAAGGAAAUAUUUGCCUUAAAAGACCUGCAAAGAGAUGAACUGGUGUAUGUUUCAUGUGGAGAACUCUGGAUCAAUCCUGACCUGUCCAUUUCUCAGCAAAAGAAACAAAUAUUCCUGAGGAACCUAGAAUCAGACAUUGCCAAAAUUCAAAUCUUCUGCAGCACACAUAAAAUAGAAGCUCUUGUUUUAGAAGUCCAAAGUGACAUUGUAUCUGGAAGCAAGCUUGCUGUGCAUAAACCUGUAGCAAUUUUUGGAGAAGAGAAGCAAGUUACAGAACCAGAAGAAAAGCAAAUGCAGGAAGAUCCUCUAACAACGGAAAAUGCUUCCAGUGAAAUUCUAGAUUCACACGCAAGAGCUCAUCUUCGAAUGAAGGCUUGUCACACGCUUCCCAGGUAUGCCUGGCAGGAAACUUCACAUGACUUUGAUGAGGAUGACAGUCUUCCAAAGAAAACGGAAAAAGGGCUCUUUGAAAAUGUGGAACCACAGAAGAAACACAGCUGUUCACCAAAGCAUAGUAAAUUGCACAAGCAUUGCCAUCAGCAGUUCGAAUACAGAGAUGGGCAGAUUAUAAGCCAUGCUGCUCCUCAGCUAGUCUUGGGGGUUCAAGGUCCCAAUCUCCGAUCAGGCAUGGAGGUGGUUUUGGUGGAGAAGAAAUCUGAUGGUAGUCAUCAGCGCUGGAUACACCAGGAAGACAGCAGGACCUUUCACCUUGUGAGUAACCCUGACCUUGUGCUGGCAGUGUCUAUGACCAAGACUAGAAAUGAAGUUUGUGGCUAUCCAGUUAUUGUUCAGAAAUAUAAGCCGUACAACAAUGGAGCUGCCAAUCAAAAGUGGCAUUACAUGAAAAAUAUAAAAGCACUUGUGGCCUUUCAUAGCACUGCCUUGGAUAAGGAAAUUACAUCAGCAAAUUAUGCUGGUGUCUGUACAUCAUCUGUGAUUAAAGAAGAAAACAUUGAUCAACCAGGAUACUGUUAUCUCUCACCUGAUGGAAAGAGAAAAACUAUGCUCUGCUUGGCUUGUGGACAAUCCAUGAGAACAGAGAAAGGACUGAAACAAUUGCUUCCAGGGGUUCCAUUCCUCUGUAUUUCAGGCACCAAGACUCAGAAGCCCUUCUUACAAGGGCCCUUCAAGGUCAUCAGUGUGGCUGAGGUUGAUUUGUCGUGUGACAAGGCUGAAAAAACUCUAAGUUACUACCAAGCACGUCUAUUGUCUUUACGGAUGAAGACCUGCCCACAAGCUGCAUCUCAUAGUGGCAUGGCAGCGACACACCAGAAGGCAGUGAAAAUAAUUGCAUACAAAAAUGGGGAUGGAUAUCGUAAUGGGAAGUUAAUUGUGGCUGGAACAUUCCCCAUGCUUCUUACAGAAUGCACGGAACAACUUGGGCUUGCCAGAGCAGCCUCCAAAGUAUAUACCAAAGAUGGAACCCCAAUCUUUACCUUGUGUGAUUUGGUUUUAUGGGCUCUAGAUGAAUCCUUUCUCCAGAGAGACUCUGAGAAACAAAAGCAAGAUGCAGCUCCUGUUGGAAAAGAACAGAUAAUUGUUGAAAGUAUGGAAGAAAAUCCAAGAAUGAAAGUGAAAAACAGAUUAUUUGCAAAAUCUGUGACAUCCGAUAGUUUGGAUGGUAUAGACAAGUCUUUGCUUACCCUCAUCCUCAGAAAUCCUAUUGCCAUCUGGGUGUCUUGUGGUGAACCAUUUCUACCUCCAAAUGCUUUGCAGAAAGCGGAAAAAUUAGAGAAACAGAACUGGCUAAAAAAGGACAGAAUUUUGGCUGAUCUAGAUACCAUGAGACACAAAAUGAGACAGUUAAAAGGGCGGCGAGUAGCGGCAUGUCAGCCAGCCACCAUGGUUCCUACCAAGAGCCCUGUGCAGCCCGUGGUGGUUGAAGGAGGCUGGACCAAACAGACUCAACAGGAAAUUAAACUCAUGGAACUUAUAAGACAUACAGAGGCACACCUUUCUGAAAUCCAAGAAAUGGAAUCCAGAAUAAAUUUUCCAAUUGCAACCAAAUGUAUAGCAGUCAAGCCGAGCAACCUGUAUAAGCAGCCCAACACAAAACGAGUGUGGAUUUAUCUAAAUGGAGGCAGACCUGAAGAUGGCACUUAUGCCUGGGGCAAAACUAUUUCAGAGCUGCUGCAAGACUGCUCCUCUCGUCUCAAAAUGACCCACCCAGCUAGAGCACUGUACACCCCCAAUGGAGAGCCAAUUCAGUCCUGGGACGACAUAGAGCGAGAUAUGGUCAUCUGUGUGUCUAUGGGACAUGGUUUCAAAACCCCAAAAGAGUUAAAACAACUGAUGGAGAUCAGAGCAAAUUAUGCCAGAAUCCGAAGGCAGCAGGGCCCUCAAGCCACAGACAUUGUGGUGUCACCAUCCACAAAGCUGCUGUCUCUGGCACAUCUCCACAAUUAACUCCUAUCAGAACCAUCGGAUUUUCUGCUGUAUUUUGCCGCUGAUUCCUGGAAGUUCAUCUGCUUAGUAGGUCCUUUCUACAGGUGCUCACCAGGAUCUGCAUACGGGGUCACCUUCACCUUCAGAAGCCCAAUUUAAAUCUCACCAGAGCAACAGAGGGAGGUCAUAGCAUUACUUUGUGGUAGCCAAGGCCUGGAGGUCACUCCUUCCAGGGAAAGAUUCCUGGACUUGGAGACAAAGGCCUGGCUUGAGUCUUACCUUCCUGAAGUCUUGGGAAAGUUUCUUCGUAUAAGACUCAAAUGAGAUCAUCAACACAGGAAGAGAAGGGCACUAACAUUUUUAGUGUCUACCUGUACCAGGCACCAUAUUGGACUUUUACAUAAAUGUUGUCUGUCUUAUUCAGUAUUCAUAACCACCCUACGAAGUAGAUACUUCUUCUACUACUUUUACAUUUUACAGAUGGGAAAGCUGGGCUUUCAAGAAGUGAAAUAUCUUUGCUAAAGGCACCAGCCAAUAAGUGGCAGAACUGGGAUUUAUACCCAAAUCUGCCUAACCUCAAAGCCUCCUUUUUCCAUUUAGGUUCCCUAGAAACCCCUUGUAAGUUUUCAGUGCAAUAGAAAUGUUAGAUGUGGUCUUGGUAAUUCUCAAAAUGAGUUCACUAGAUGCCUUGAAGUGAUCAUUUUUAUGGUUUAGUUGCUGCUUAUUUGGAUGACUUUCCUGAUGACAACUGAGUUAGGCAAGGAAAGAAAACUUUCUUUACCCACUUAUAAACAGAAGACUGUGACAAGAAGGCCAAUUAUUUCCAUCGCUGAAGAAUCUAAAUUUGGCAAAUCUUCUAAAUAACAAUCCUGCAUAGUUUAUUUUAAAAAAUUUAGUCGUAAAAUUUAUCCUUCAAAAAUCUGCAUUUUAAAUAAACCCUGACAGUGAUUUCUCAAGACGGUAAAGAUAUUAGUCUGAGAAUGCCACUCUAACAGACUGCUCUGGGCAUCUUUUCUCUUUGCCUUGGCCAGGCCUCUCAGAAUUGAGUUAGCGUGUGACUCCAUUUGCACAGCGGGACAGAUGAGUACAACUGAAAUAAAAAGUGGAGGCCUCUGCAAAAAAUAAUAAAUAAAAAAUUUAUCCUUCAAAAUAACAGUUUUUUCAAUGGGCCUAUUUUGAAGAAUGAACGUUGACAAAUGAGACAAUAUAUCCAUAAAUUCAUAGUAUGACAUACCAUAAUUGAGAGCAUUGUUAGCCAUAGACAUUUUGUAUGCCAGUGAAAUCUGUAUACAUUCUCUAAAUUUUUCCAGUUUAUCGUGUGGCUUAUUGGAAAAAAAAUCAUAUACAUUGAAUGCAUGUUUUGUCUCCCCAACUAAAUGAUAAGUGCCUAGAGGGCAGGAAGACCCUUGGUUUUAUUUACUUGAGACAGAGCUCUACCCACAAGGGCUCACUGAUAAAACUCAUCAGUCCCACCCCACAGCAACAUGAUGGGGACAUGAGGUUCAGUUCUUCUACUCUUGGCCUGAGCCGCAAACCAAAAUUAAAACAGUACAAUGGGAAUAGAGGAUCUGCUUUACAGAAUUUCCUUUCAGUCAGCUGCUCAGAAACUACAAUCCUCAGAGUGAAAUUAAAUGGAGUUAUACUGGGAUAGUCCUCUCUGUUUUUCAGAGGCAAGAAACACUUCUCGAAAUUGUACAAAUGAAAGAAAUGUCAUGGUAUAAACUAGACAUCUUAUAUCCUUAAAAUAUAUCUUUGAUGAUUAUACAUAUUGGUUUCAAAUCCCAAGUUUGAAGAAACAUCCAAAAGUUAUGUGAAAUUACUUAUAGAUGAAUUGACAACAUUUGAGACUUCGACAGACAAUCAUGAAGCAGUUCUCAAGUUGAUUUGGUUUAUAUAGCUCUUUAAGAAUCUUUUGGAAAGCCAUAAUCUCACAAAAUACACAUAUGCAAUUUUUUUUUUUUGAGAUGGAGUCUCACUCUGUUGCCCAGUCUGGAGUUCAGUGGCGCGAUCUCAGCUCACUACAAGCUCCCCUUCCCGGGUUCAAGCAAUUCUCCUGUCUCACCCUCCUGAGUAGCUGGGCCUACAGGCGCCUGCCACCACACCCAGCUAACUUUUGUAUUUUUAGUAGAGAUGGGGUUUCACCUUGUUGGUCAGGCUGGUCUCAAACUCCUGACCUCAGGUGAUCCACUCGCCUCUGCCUCCCAAAGUGCUGGGAUUACAGGCGUGAGCCACCACACCCAGCCCAAAAAAUGUUUGUUCACAGAACUGUGGAUGUUUGUCACAGAACUUUCCAAAUAAAGAAGUUCUGAUAAAAGAGAAGAUAUUUCUCAUUUCCAUAAUCUUUAAGGUGUGGGGGAUACGUAAUCUGGACUUCUCAAAUGGAUGAUUUCUAAAUACGCGUCAGAUGAAGUGAUUCUAACUUUCUCUGUAGUAAUAUCUUAUUUUGUUUUAUUCAAAAACAAUAAACCAUGUAGAUUUAUUAGCA